AUGGCCGCUGAAAUCAACCAGACGCCCUCGUCUUCGGAUACGCCGAGUAAUUACAGAAGACCAGGUAAUUUAUGUUGUUCAUGACACUAUUGAUCCAUAUUUAGAACUUUUGUACAAAGUCGAUGGCCAGAUAGCACGGAUCAUCAAGUUCUUGAUCUUGGACAAUGAGGAAGGCUUCAUAAUAAUCAGCGAAGACAAAAGUCUUAGAAUUCUUUUGAAAAGAGAUAACGGCCAGUUCUGGCCAUCCGUUAUCGAAUAUCUUCCCAAUCUCCCAACUUGUUUAUUCUUGCAUGAAACAGCUCGACUGUAAGUGUUCUUUCUCGUGGUUGAUCGUUGAGGUUUAGGUUGUUUGUCGGACUGGUUAGUGGAGCUGUGUAUCAAUAUGAGAUCCGAGAGGAUUGGAAUUCCCUGGAAUUGAUUCGACGUUACAAUGUCCACACAAACGCUGUUACCGGCAUCGCCUACUCUCACAUCGGAAAGGAAUUGUUCUCGUGCAGUCGAGACAAGACUUUGAUUUGGCAUUCUGCUGAUUCCGGGAAUAAAAUUGGAAUGUAUAAUUUGGGAUGUCCUUGUUCUGUGAUACAAUUUGAUAGUUCGACCAACUUUGCCUUCAUUGGAGAUGCUAACGGCAAUGUGUACGUGUUGAGAAUAAAUGGAGUAGCUGCACAGCUAGUCAGUAAACUUAGUGCUCAUACAGGUAAUUUUCCAACUUACCAGUUUGCUUAAAAUUAAAAAAUAAAUUAUCAGCAAUAAGAAGACUAAUUUAUUAUUAUUAUUAUUAUUAAGGUAGUUUUAAAUGGUACUCUAUGUCGGAUUAUGUUAAAUUUAUAGGUGCGAUUACCGAUUUGGCAUGGGACAGCACAAGACAGCUCUUGUUCUCGGCUAGUACGGAUACUCUGGUCAUAAUGUGGGAUAUCGGCGGUAAACAAGGGCAAUGUUACGAGCUGAAGUACGUGAAAGGGUUUUUAUCUUUACUUAACACAUUUUUAUAUCUAAAUUUAAUUUUAAUAUUUUAGUGGACAUGACUCAAAACUAAGUGCCGUAGUCUUGGGCGCCAACAAGAACAAACUGUUUUCUGUUGAUGAGACUGGUCAUUUAAUGUGCUGGGAUCUGAAUGCAAAGAGAAUCAUGGCCCCAGCAUGGAAGGAUUCUGAUAACUGUCAAUUGUGCGAUGUGCCUUUCUUUUGGAAUGUCAAAGUUAUGUGGGAGCGGAAAGUAAGUAUUAGCCAAACCUUAUGUGUUAAUUAAUCUUUUGCGUAUUAUCUCUUUUAUGCAAUUUUGUCAUUUUAAGGUGGUGGGAGUACGCCGACAUCAUUGUAGAACAUGCGGAACGUCAGUCUGUGAUAACUGUUGUAAUUACCGAACAAUCUUCCCAGCUAUGGGAUUUGAAAAGCCGGCUAGAAUAUGCAGAACAUGCAAGAAGAAGAUGGAAGAGUAUCCAGAGAAGUUUGAGUAAGUGUGUUUAAUUGUUUUUCAUGCAAAAGUCAAGCCUAAUGUUACCUAAUUAUAAUACUAAAGACUGUUUUCUAAGAUUUAUUAUUAAAUUUUCAGCUUAACUCCUUUGGCCACAAUAAGCGAGCUAAGACAAGGCGUAGUAGACAUGCGGCUACACAAAGAUGGUAACAAACUAGCUACCAUCGGCUAUGACAGAACUAUUUUGUUGUGGGACAUUUUGCAAGUAUUUUAA